AUUUUAUCUGUUGUCAUUCACGAUUUCGCGAACGCACGUCUCGUGAGUUGACUGAUGUGAUAAAAAUAUCGAAUUGUGUUUGAGAAAAUAUGUGAAUAAACAGUGCAAGUUGCACUAAAAUGUAUCGUAAAAUAGUGUGGUGUUAUGUGUUUGUAUUGACGUUAUUGGAUAUUACACUGAAUACUAAGCUGUCAGCUCAGGGAAAGAGCCAUGGUGUCACAGUACAUGAUUCCCUCAUAGAGGGAAUUACAUUUCAGGAAUGGGGCGGGCCGGGCGCGGUGGCGGCGGGCGCGCUGCAGCUGUCGCCGCCCGCGCUGCACUUCGGGCGCGCCGCGCUGGCGGCCGCGCACGCGCUCACCGUCACGCUCACCAACACCGCCAACACCACCAUGCACCUCGCCUCCGUCGCCGGCACCACGCCGGACUUCCACGCCUCCUUCUUCGACUCUAAGACGCUGCCGCCGCAAGCCAACACGUCGUUCACGGUGGUGUACCUGGGGCGGCGCGAGGGCCCGGUGUCGGCGCACAUCUACAUCCACACGUCGCUGGGCGUGCACAAGUACCCGGUGUCGGCGGAGGGCGUGGCCAGCCAGUGGGGCGUGUGGCCGCUGCUGGGCGUGCGCGUGCCGCUCAACGCCAGCGUCGAGCCGCUGCUCACGCUGCACAACCCCACCGACCACACCAUACAAGUGAGCGAGGUGUACUCGUCGGGCGCGUGGCUGGGGCUGGAGCUGCCGGGCGGCGGCGCGCGAGCCCCGCGGGAGCUGUGGGCCGUGCCGGCGCGCAGCUCGCGGCCGCUCGUGCGCCUGCGCCUGGCGCCCGGCGCCGCCGCCGCGCCGCUCACCGCCUACGUGCGCAUCAAGGGCAACAUGACGGGCGGCGGCCUGCUGGUGUGCGUCACGGCGCGCUCCGUGCCGCCCGGCGAGCACCUCAGCCCGCUGCAGCUGCGUCUGCGCACGCGCGGCUCGCUCGACCCGCCCGACGUGUUCGACAUCGAGGCCGGCAACAGUGCGGGCACGCCGGCGCCGCUGGCGGGCGGCGUGUGGGCGCCGCGCUGCGGGUCCGCGCCGCCCACGCCGCCGCCGCCGCCCGCCGACCGCGCGCCCACGCACAACGGACAGAGCGACAAAGGGAUGGCUAACGGAAACGGCGCGGCGGCCGACGGCGUGCGCGUGACGCUGCUGCGCGCCUCGCUGGAGCCGCACCAGGCGCUCGCCCGCGCCGCGCACCUCACCUUCGACUACGCGGCGCUGUGGGGCGCGGCGGCGGCGGGCGGCGCGGGUGCGGCGGGCGCGUGGUGCGCGGGCUGGCUGCGCCUGGGCCGCGCCGCGCUGCCCUACAGCGUGCGCCUGCUGCCCGGCACGCUGCGCCUGGACCCGCCCGCGCUGCACUUCGUGACGGCGGCGCGCGCGGAGACGCUGGAGCUGCGCGUGCACAACGACUUCCCGACGCCCGUGCUGGUGACGGGCGCGGCGCUCAGCGAGGGCGCCGACCUGGUGGAGCUGACGUCGCUGACGCCGCUGGCGCUGGCGCCGGGCGCGGGCGGCGUGGUGGCGCGGGUGCGGCUGCGCGGGGGACUGUCGCCCGCGGCGCAGCUCAGCGCGCACGUGUCGCUGCGCUCUAACGUCACUGACUACGAGGUGCCGCUGUACGUCUACUCUGGACAACUGCAAAUUGAAUGGGAUUGGCCGAACUCAGAGGACGGCGAGCUGCGGCUGGGGCUGGUGGGCACGUCGUCCACCCGGCGCGUGGCGGCCACCGUGCGCAACCCCGCGCCCGCGCCGCUGUGCAUCACCGACGUGGCGCUCGACCUGCCCGGCGCGUCGCUGGCGCUGGCGCCCUGCGGGCCCCUGCGCGCGCCGCCGCCCGGCCACGCCUGCUGAGUAGCCAGUGUGCGGGGUGCGGCGCGGAGUGGUCGCGCGGAGUGUGACGCGCCUGUGUUGCAGCGCUGCGUGGCGGCGCGCGGGGCGCUGGGCGCGCUGCUGACGGUGGUGGCGCCGGCGCGGGCGGGCGCGCUGCGCGGCUCGCUGGCGCUGCGCGCGGAGGGCGCGGGCGGCGCGGCGGUGUCGCGCGCGGCGCUGGCGCUGGAGGCGGCGCCGGGCCGCGUGGCCGCGCUGCCGCUGGCGCUGCCGCGCGUGGCGCCCUACGUGUGGGCGCGGGCGCCGCUCGUGCUGGACUGCAGCAUGGCGCAGCGCAUGCGCGUCACCGGCGUGGCGCUGCCGCCCACCGACCCUGCGCUCUCUUAUGAGGCGGGCGCGGAGGCGGAGGUGUGGGCGGGGCGGCACGCGGUGGGCACGGUGGUGUACGCGGCGGAGCGGCUGUGCGCGCCGCACUGCUACACGGGGCUGGACGUGGCGCGCGGCGACGGCGCCGCCUGGCUGCGCCGCGCCGCGCUGCGCCGGCCGGCGCUGGCGCCCGACGCCGCGCUGCUGGCGGCGCGGCGCGCGCUGUACGCGCAGGCGGCGCCGCGCAACGUGUCGCUGCUGGUGCACACGUCGCGCGCGGUGGCGCUGGCGGCGCGCGGCGUGGCGGCGCCGCAGUGGCCGCGGCUGGCGGCGGCGCGCGCGGACGCGGGGCUGGCGGCGGUGGGCGGCGCACAGCCGCUGCUGGUGCGCGCGCGCAACCCCUCCGCCGACCACGCGCUGCUGCUGCAGCCCGUGCUGGCGCUGCCGCUCGACGCCGACGCGGAGUGCGCGGGCUGCACGUGGGCGCGCGACGCGUUCUCGCUGCAGGAGUGGCGCGCGGCGCGGGGGCACGUGCGCGAGUGGCGCGAGCAGCGCCCCGAGCCCGGCGCGCCGCCGCUGCUGCUGCUGGCGCCGGCCGCCGAGGCCGAGCUGCGCCUGAGCUUCGCGCCCGCCGCGCCCGCCGCGCUGCGCGCGCAGCUGUUCCUGCGCAACAACCUCACGGUGCUGGAGACCGUGCUGCUGGCGGGCCAGGGCGCCUACCCCAGCUUCGAGCUGGGCGGCCGCCGCCCCGGCGCCGACGCGCCGCUGCUCUUUGAGGUGAGCGAGUGCGGCGGCACCGUGCGACGCACCAUCGUGGCGCGCAACACCGGCCCCGUGCGCCUGCGCCUGCGCGACUGGCGCGUGGCCGGCCAGCCCUGCCAGGCGCGCGGCUUCCGCCUCGCGCCCUGCGCGCCGCUCGCGCUCGCGCCCAACCAGUCGCGCGCGCUCACGCUCGCCUUCCGCGCCGACUGGACGCUCGCGCGCGUGGCCGCCACGCUGUCCGCGCGCACCGACACCGCGCGCGCCGCCUUCACGCUGCGCGCCGCCGCGCCCGCGCGCCUGCUGCCCCGCUGUGCGGCCCAGGCGCCGCGCCCGCCCUGGGAGCCGCCCGCGCGCGCCGCCGCCGCGCUGCUCGCCCUCGCCGCGCUCGCGCUCGUGCUGGCGGCCGCCGCGCUGGACGCCGAGCGCGAGCUGCGCCGCGCGCGCCACGCCCGCCCGCCGCCCGCGCGCGCCGCGCCGCUCGACCUGCGCGCGCUCGCCCGCCCCGCGCCGCCGCCGCCGCCGCCGCGCCGCCCCGCGCGCCGCCGCCGCCGCCCCGACCUGCCGCCGCCCGACCCGCGCGCCGAGCGCCGCGCCUUCGAGCGCUGGCGCGCCGAGGUGCUGCGCCGCGCCGACCCCGGCGAGCCCGAGCCCGCGCCGCCCGCGCCCGCCGCCGUAGCGCCGCCCGGCGACCCGCCCGCGAGCCCGGACUGCUUCGACGCAGACCCCGACGCCGAAGACCGCCCGCAAGUCAGCGGCGACGAGGACGCCGCCUCUACGGGCUCGGGCUCGGCGUCCGCAUCCUCGUCUUCGCCGACCGUAGACGACCGCGACGACGCCGACGACGGCGACGAACCGGAGAGAGAACCCGAGCAAGAAGGACCACCGCUCAGCGCCGGAGAAGAUUCUCCGCCCGUGACCGGCCGCCGCGGCGAGAACAGUCGCGCCGGUGCCGAGCCAGCGCUUCGCGCGCGGGGCCGGCGCGAGGGCGCGGAGACGCCGCGCCGCCUGUCGCGCUCGCGCACGGCGGACGCGGAGGCGCGGCGCGGCGCGCGGCCGGCGCACGCGCGGCGCGACAAGCCCGCCAAGCGCCGCGCCUCGCGCCCGGCGGCGUCGCCGGCGCGGGCGUCGCCGGCGCGCGUGGGGCCGGCGCCGGCGGUGCGCUGGGGCGCGUCGUGGAGCUCGGUGGUGGCGCGGGCGCCGGGCGCGGCGCUGGCGCCCAUCGGCUCGGACGUGCGGCGCCGCGCGGAGCCGGAGCGGGCGCUGAGCGGCGCGGGCGACCACUCGCUGUUCUACUUCAACGGCGACGCGUCGCACGCGUGCCGCGACUCGGACUUCUCGUGGCGCCCGCCGCCGCCGCCCGACCGCCCCGCCUUCACACCCGCCAGAGACUUCCUCGCCCCGGGCGAGGAGCGCGCGUCGGACGGCGGGCUGCGCUCGCUGGGCUCGGUGUGGGGCUCGGCGCUGGAGCCGCGGCCGGCGGCGGCGGCGUGGCUGUGGGGCGGCUACGCCGAGCCGGCGCCGGCGCUGGCGGGCGUGCGGCCGCCGCCCGGCUUCGGCGCGCCGCGGCCCGUGCGGCCCUACGACCCCUUCCGCUCGCUGGCGUCCAUCUGGGCGCCCGGCGCCCUCGACUGGCGCCCCGAGCCCGAGCCCGAGCCCGAACACUAGUCAUCGCCGCACUUCCCUACGACAUUGUCUGUUCAAGACUGAAUUAAACUUACACUAUCUCAAAUGAAUGAUGAACA